AUCGGCCUUGUCGGAAUUAGUUCUCGCUUAGCUGAAGCCGUAAAAAAAUUACGGCAGCCCCGCCGUUUGGUGUUGAAGCGCCUUAAUCGACCUGAAAACCCACCCACAUUUCCCCAAAAGAUUGAUUUUGGCAAUGCGACACACACAGCGCAUCAACCUCAUCAGCUCCCAACGUCCCUCAAACCACGUGUAGCCUGCAUCUCUGCAGCGCUAUUACUAUUAUAUCACACGCGAAAACCUUUGCUCUAUUCUAUUGCUUUUGACUUCUCUCGAAUUCAUCAUCAGGUGCGGGGUCGAAGUGGGGGAGUCAUCUCAGCCUCAUCGUCGUCGUCGCCGUCGAUAUCACCAUGGCUCCUAAACCAAAGCCGCAGCCUGUCCGCAAGGCGAAUCCCCUCAAGAAUAGAGCUCCUAUUAAAGCACCUCCUCCUACGCUGGUCCGUCAAGCUGCUGCUGGAGCUGCUGCCGCCGCCGCCCGAGCGGCUACCCAGCCCACCAAACGGGCCUGUCCCAAUAAAGAAUGUUCCGCCCCUACUGUAGUUGAUGGUAUUUGCCAUAACUGUGGUUUCAUCGUCGAGGAGUCCAGCAUCGUCUCAGAAGUCACGUUCGGUGAGAAUUCCAGCGGAGCAGCUGUUGUUCAGGGAAGUUAUGUUAGUGCCGAUCAGAGUGGUGCCCGAAGCAUCGGUCCCGCCUUCAAGAGAACUGGAGGAGAAGACCGAGAAUCUACUAUUCGUGAUGGUAAGUCUUAAUAUAUGCAAUAUCGACAUUGCUUGGCUAAUUGGUUUCAGGUCGUCGUUACAUGCAGUCCAUGGGUACCCAGCUCCAAAUUAACGAUUCAACUAUUCAAGCUGGCAUGCAGAUAUUCAAGCUCGCGGCCAUGAGCAACUUUAUUCAAGGUCGUAGAAUGGACAUGGUCGCUGCGGUGUGCCUCUACAGUGCUUGCCGAAAGACCACCCCUUGCAAAGUCAUGCUCAUUGAUUUUGCCGACUUGGUUCAAGCCAAUGUCUUCAAGCUGGGCCACACCUUCAAGAAACUCCAUGAAGCCAUUACUAUCGCCAAGGAAGGCAUCCAGCCAGUUCUCCCUGAAGACUUGAUAUUUCGAUUUGCAAAGCGUCUCGAAUUCGGUCCUUUGAUGACUAAGGUCGCCGAAGAUGCAAUUCGAAUGGUCCAGCGUAUGAGUAUGGAUUGGAUGGUCAUGGGCCGUCGGCCUUCUGGCGUUUGUGGAGCCUGUCUUAUCCUUGCUGCACGAAUGAACAAUUUUCGACGCACAAUCACGGAGGUCGUCUACAUUGUUAAGGUCACUACGCAUACCAUCCAGAAACGUCUCGAAGAGUUCAAGCAGACGCCAUCCAGCGCUUUGACCGUAGAGGAGUUUUUGCACAAUGAGUUCUUGGAAUCCGCUCAUGAUCCCCCAUCCUUCUAUGAGAAGACUGAGGAGUUCCAAAAGACUAAGAAGCGUCGCAAGCGUAGAGGCCAUGAUGGGGCGAAUGAGGAUGAAGAUGGUUCAGGCAGCGAGAAUGGUGAAAGCAUAAGCCCAAGCCCAAAUAAGCGCCAAAAGACAGCCAAUCCAGAAGUUGCAUCCAAUUCCGGUACAGCAACAGACAAUCAAGCAUCUCCCACUCCAGCCUCUACACCACAGUCUGCUCAACCGGCUGUUGAGCUCCGUCGCGAUGCUGAUGGUUUCGUAAUUCCACCACAGCCUACUCAGUCGCAUAACAUUCCUAUCGAUCCUGAACUUAUUGAGAGUGCUAUCGAGGAACAGUCCGGCACCACUUUGGAGAGGCUGAAUGAAUCAUUCAAUGAUACUGUAGUGCCAGCUGAAGAAGAGGAGGAUGAUAUCGAUGCUGAAAUCGCUGCAGUUCUUGCAUCAAAUCCGCUCAAGCGAAAGCGCGUGCAGAAGGAAAUCCUGGUACCUGAGCCUUGGCAAUCAGUCGAGUCACAAAUGGAGAGAGAAAUUGGUGAGAUAGUCUCAGACCCACAUUCUCUUGAACAUGCGGAACAAUACGCUCAGGCGCAGGUUAAUGUAGCUGCAUAUAUGAGCGCUGCUGAAGAGAUCAAUCCUGCCAAGGAAAUCAGCAUGGAUGCAUAUAUUGACGAAAAUGAAUUUGCAGACGAUCCAGAAGUUGCAAAUUGUUUACUCUCUGCUGCGGAUGUUGCCCGAAAAGAGAAGGUCUGGGUCAACGCCAAUAAGGAUUGGCUGCGCAAGCAACAGUUGAAGUUGUGGGCAAAGAAGGAAGCCGAGAAUGGACCACCAAAGGCUCGACGUAACCGCAAGAAGAAGCCUAGAAUCGGUGAAGGACAAACCACUCCUGCAAGCAGUCCAGGAGAUGCAGCCGUCAACGCUCUCAAGCUCCGCUCCUUCUCCAAAAAGAUCAACUACGACGCCAUCCACAACCUGUUAGGACAUACGCUUGGAGAUAAGAGUGCUCUUGGAAGCGCUGCUACAAGUAGAAUCACAUCUCGAGCCGGAAGUGAGAUAGGCGAUUCCGACAACGAGUCCGAAAUGUCCUCUGUUGCCGCAUCCGUCACAGGCAGCGUCGCCAGCUCAGCCAUGGGCGACGACCUCCGUGUCGUCCGCGGACCAAAGCCAAGAGCUCGUGGCGUAAAAUCCAAGGGUAAGCCCAAGGAAGUUCCUGAGAAAGUCGCUACACCAGAGCCCAACGAGGACGAAGGAGAAGACAUGGACGACGAUGAUUAUAUCAAGCCUGUUGCCACUGAGCCCGCUCCGAGUGAGGCAGAUGAGGAAGAAGACUGGCGCUCUUCUCUCAAGAAAUCUCAGACUCCUGCUGCCCAAGGUGAUGAAGCAGACUUCGAGGAGGACGAGGAAGACUAUGAGGAUUUCGGAGGUAUUGAACCUGGUGGAUUGGGAGAUGAUGAUACUGCCUUUGGUGAUAAUACUGGUUAUGGAGAUGAUGACGAACAGGAUGAAUAUGGAGAAGACGAUUACGAUGAGUAGACUGGGGUGUACACAAAUCCGGUGCAUGGCUCGGGGAUGGAAGACGGACAUCCGGAGGGACCCCACAUGGUGAUUUGACUUGCGUACAAAAUGGCGUUGGGAGUGGUACGAUACCCGGAUUUGCAAAACGGAUUGAUAUCAUCGAUAUCUUUCCAGCCGUUCAUCAGACACGGAGCUGAACUGGAUUUUGCGUGGUCCUUUUGUACGUUGCUGGCUGGGUUGCUUUAGUUCCACUUGGACUUUUCUGCUACUUGCUGCUUUGACUGCAUGCGUGCGGGCGCUUUUUUGAUAGACUUGUA